AUGAAGCCUGAGACCUUUGCUAGUCUUGUAUCCGCCCUUCUUUAUGACAAAAGGUUUGGUCCAUACUUGUGCCAACCUGUGAUCGUUGGAUUGGGAGAUGAUAACAAACCUUUCAUUUGCACAAUGGAUUCGAUUGGAGCCAAGGAGUUGGCUAAAGAUUUUGUUGUCUCUGGAACUGCUUCAGAAUCACUCUAUGGUGCCUGUGAAGCCAUGUACAAACCAGAUAUGGAAGCUGAGGAAUUGUUUGAGACAAUUUCACAAGCACUUCUGUUUUCAGUUGACCGCCAUUGUCUGAGUGGAUGGGGAGGACAUGUCUAG